AAUUAAUCUCUACGCUUCUCUCUCUGCAAUUACUCCUUGAGAGCAUCUCUCUCUAAAAUAUUGAGUAUUGUUGACUUGAGCGUUGGAGUGUUUUCCCCGGGGAAGCAUCCUCGGGAUUUUCAGGUGUAGAAGCAGCUGAAGACUUCAACAGUGUUGGAUUGUGAAGCUGCCGAAACAUUGGCGCCGUCUGUGGGAAACUCGAACAAAAAGUUGUGUGAUUUAACCUGCUGAAAAACAAAAUGGUCCGUACCUUUACAGGAGAACGCCCCCCAAGAAAUGAAAUAGGCGAACAGGAGGACGAUCAUGUAUCUGAGGCCGGAUUGAAUGACUUUAGGCCGAUGCCAAGAAAUCUUUUUGUAGGAGGAGCCGAACAGGAUCACCUAAGUGAGACGGAUGAUGAAAGAACACCAACUGGGUAUGCAACCCAGCCUGAACAGUUCCAAGCUCCAACAGGAACGAGACGAAGAUCUGCCAGACCGAACAAUGCACAAUGUGAACGACCUGAAAGGUUAACAGAAGCUGCUCGGACAACUGAGCUCGAAGAGAGAACCAGAGUUCUCGAAAUGGCAAUGGGAAGAAUCCUUGCCCGCUUAAUCCCUGAUGACCCCCUGAUUCCUUUGCUGAACAGGGAUGCACAACCAGCUGCGGUUUUGGCAACUAGAAACUCCCCCGCUCUAAGCAAUAUAGUAGUGCCGACCAGGCCUAGGGGAAGUGGGAAAUUGAAUAUCGAGCCCAGCUCGUCCAAAUAUAGUGAAGAAUUGAUGAAAAAGAACGCAGACCUCGAAAGGCAACUGCGGGAUGUACAGAAAUCCAUUGACGAGCUGAAAAGCCCCAGGAUUGUGAAAGUGAGGUGAAGAAGUUGUUCCUGCUGUAUCACUGGAAUCCCUGAACUGUAAUACUUACAUCAAUCCAAUCGCAGAGAUAAGGCUGCAGUGGAGUGGUCAUGGAUCGGCUCAGUGCUUCUGCACAUCUUAUGAUAGUUUCUGAUCUUGUUCGUAAAAUUAAUGGUUGAUCAUCAUGAUGUUGAGAAUCUAUCCCUACUCUGCAUGCUUUAUAUAUCAUGCCCAGGUGAAAAUAAAAAGUCCCUGGUAGUUUGGAGUGUUGGCUGAUGGAUUAACUUGAGUAUAGGAUCCAUCUGCUGUAAUUGUCCAUCCAUCUGGUGUUGAGAAAACUCUACAUGAACGCAUACAUGAAUUGAAAGGGUGGUUUGGAGACAAGCAGGGAAAAAAGUUUCGGGUUUGGGUGCAUCGUGUGUUAUCUACACAGAUUGGUUCAAACACAUGGCUGGUGAAUUUCGAUAAGUGGGAGCAGUGUGGUAAUGUGCGGUGCUGUUGUGCAACCACUGGAAAGAUCAGUGCUAAGGAGGGCAAUGGUUCACAUGGGUUCACCUUGAUGCAUGUACAACAGAUGUAGCCACAAGGAUCAAAAAUGAAAGAUCAUUCAGCCUGGCUGUUCUAGACUGAUAUCAAAUACUAAUAUACUAUCCCUGAGCUUUCCAGCUCCAGAGUAUUCUUCAGUAUUCAAUUAAAGUAAAUGUACUAGU